AUGGAGGAGAAAGAUGAAAACAGGGAACAGUGGAGGAAGAAAAGGGAAUAUAUUCUGGCAGCAGCAGGCAACGUGGUGGGCAUUGGCAACGUGUGGAGAUUCCCCUACCUGUGCUAUAAAAACGGAGGAGGUGCCUUCCUGUUGCCCUACUGUAUCUUCGCCUUGCUAUGUGGCGUGCCACUCUUCCUGAUGGAGGCUGUGAUUGGUCAGUGCAUGCAGGAAGGCUCCGCUACCUGUUGGACAAAGCUCUGCCCACUGGCACAAGGAACAGGCUUUUCUAUGGUCAUGAUCCAGCUGUAUGCCAGACUGUACAGCAUCGUUCUGGCCUGGGCGCUCCUCUACCUCAUCUACUGUUUCAGAGACCCUCUGCCCUGGGCCACCUGCAGCAAUCCAUGGAACACCGACAGAUGUGUGGAGCUCAGCUCUGCCAACAGGACUGCAGCAGACAGUCACAAGCUGACAGUAAACUGGACCUCAGACAAGUCUUCCGUCUCUGAGUUCUGGGAGAGAGGAGUGCUGUCCAUGUCGAGGGGAAUCGAGGAGGUGGGUUCAGUCCGGUGGGAGCUGCUGCUGUGUCUCCUGGCCAGCUGGGUGGCCUGUUACUUCUGCAUCUGGAGAGGAGUCCACUCCACAGGAAAGGUGGUGUAUUUCACGGCUGUGUUUCCCUAUGUGACGCUGGCCAUCCUGCUGGUCAGGGGCUUGACGCUGCCAGGAGCCUUGCAGGGCGUCAUCUUCUACCUGUAUCCAGAUCCUUCUCGUCUGGCAGACCUUCAGGUGUGGCUGGAGGCUUGUACUCAGGUGUUAUUCUCAUAUGGUAUUGCAUCAGGAGCCACAAUCACAUUGAGCAGCUACAACAAAGUCAAAUACAACUGUUGCAGGGACAGUCUGUGGUUGUGUGUGCUCAACAGCUGCACCAGCUUCGUUGCAGGCUUCGCAGUCUUCUCCUCUCUGGGCUUCAUGGCCCACGAACAGGGAAUCCCCAUCGACAUGGUGGUCGAAUCAGGUCCUGGACUGGCUUUCAUCGCCUUUCCUCAGGCUUUAACCAUGAUGCCUGUUCCUCAGCUGUGGACUGCCUGUUUCUUCAUCAUGCUCUUUCUGUUGGGACUCGACACAGUGUUUGCAGGUUUGGAAGCUCUAACGUCGGCAGUGAUGGACAUGUUCCCAGGACAGAUGCGUCGACCCUGGCGCAGAGAAAUCUUCCUCGUCUUCUUCUGCUCUGUCUGCUUCCUCAUACAGAUCUCACUCACCACUCAGGGAGGAGUGUACCUGUUCCAGCUGUUCGACUGCUACGGUGCUAACGGAGCAUCUCUCUUAUUUCUGGGCCUGGUCGAGUGUGUUGCUGUCGGCUGGGCCUUUGGAGCUGACCGGAUGGGUGAUAUGGUUGAAGACAUGACAGGACAGAGACCGUGGCUUAUUUUCAAUCUGUGCUGGCGUUACAUCACCCCUCUGAUCUGCACAGUUUGCUUCAUCUGCUCAUUUGUGGACUAUCAGCCUCUAACAUCCAGUGGGGGCGCCGUGUACCCAGCCUGGGCCUACAGACUGGGCUGGGUCAUCGCCCUGUCGUCUGUGGUUCCAGUGCCCAUCUGGGCUGUCGUCAAGAUCUGUCUCACUGAGGGCACCAUCGGCCGGCGACUGACGGUUCUGUGGCAUCCUGUUAAACAUCCCGUCAUUCCCAAGAAUACGGAAGAACAAUCCCUAAAUGAAACGGAGAUGAUCUCAGCGUCGAUAUGAAAUGAACGGAUGUUACGGAAGGCACAAUGUGGAGUUCUUUGUCAUGUUUCCAUUCAGUGUUGUGUAAAACACUGAGGAACAGUAGACGUUUCCUUCCUCCUGCUGCCGCCAUCUUGCAUCACGAUCUACUUAAAGUGUUCCAUCAUAACUCUGCACAACCCAGCUGAGAGAAGCAGUUUUACUUAUUACACACCUCAAAUGUUGAAUUAUAGAAAUGUUACUGUCACUAUUUACAUGUCGAUGUCUUUAUGAAUGGAACUGCAUCACGUUCUCCCUCCCAACACAUCAAAUACACCAUAGAAAUGAACUGAUAGCACAUAUUAGCUUAGCAUGAAGACUGCCAGUGGAGAUACAGCUCCUUCAAACACUCGUGACUAUUGUUCAGAAUAAAAACUG